AUGGCAGACUUUCAAGCACCGAAGCAUCACGAUGCCGCCCCAGACGCCGAGAAGGCCGUCAACAAUGAAGCCCCUCCUGCUUUCGACACCGCAAUCGACAGCGGUAGCGGAGUAUUAGAUGGAGAGGAUGGUGAAUUGAUUGAUUACAAGACUUUGACGUGGUGGCAAGGAGGAAUCGUCUUGAUCGCGGAAACCGUCUCCCUCGGAAUUCUUUCGCUACCUUCAGUUCUUGCUACCGUCGGCCUCGUUCCUGGCAUCGUCCUGAUCCUCGUGAUGGGCUGCCUAUCAACAUACUCUGGUCUCGUCCUCGCCGAAUUCAGAAAACAAUACCCAUUCGUCCAAAACUUUGGAGAUGCCGUGGAGGUUAUCGGAAAGUCGAUUGGAAUGGGACGCGUCUUCCAGGAGUUCUUUGGCUGGGCGCAGGUUAUCUUCCAGGUCUUUGUCAUGGGCAGCCAUCUCUUGACCUGGACCAUCUGCAUGAAUACCCUCACUGGCAGCUCUACGUGCACCAUUGUUUGGGCGGUUGUUGGUCUAGCGGUAUUCUGGGUUCUGAAUCUUCCCAGAACUCUGAAGUACACAAGCUACAUGUCGAUUGCCUCCUGCUUGUCCAUCACGACAGCGGUUCUCAUCACGGUUGGAGACGUUGCUGCUGAACGACCAAUUGGCUCUGGAAGUUUUCACAUUGCUCGAGAGCUUGGCUUCACAAGCGCAUUCCUGGCUGUCACCAACAUCGCCAUUUCUUUCUCGAGUCACUCUUGCUUCUUCAGUGUCAUCGCCGAGUUCAAGAAGCCCGAGGAUUGGCCCAAGGCUCUGGCGUUCCUCCAGAUCGCCGACACGACUCUCUAUCUACUCGCCGCCAUCGUCAUCUACGUUUUCGUCGGUCCCGAUGUUCCCUCACCUGCCCUCUCUGCCGCCGGCUCAAGCACAAUGCGCAAGGCCAUUUGGGGUAUUGCCAUUCCCACCAUCGUUAUUGCUGGUGUCAUUUACGGCCAUGUCGCCUCCUCGUACAUCUUUUCAAGACUUUUCCGCAACACCAAGCACAUGGUUCGACGAACAAAGCUUUCCAACUUUGCCUGGUUCGGCAUCACUUUUGCAACUUGGGCUAUCUCCAUGGUGAUUGCCGAGUCGAUCCCCAUCUUCAACAAUCUGCUGGGACUUAUCUGCGCCCUGUUCGCCAGUUGGUUCUCGUAUGGCCUGCCCGGAAUCUUCUGGCUUUGGAUGCACCAUGGAAACUGGUUCAAGGAUUGGAAGCAGACAUGUCGAUUUGUUUCCAACGUGCUGCUGUUUCUUACUGGUCUGUUGAUCUGUGUUGUUGGCCUGUGGGCUUCCAUUGAGGCAAUUGCUACGGAAAGCACCACAAAACCAUGGACUUGCGCAAGCAAUGCGAAGGAGUAG